GUCUCCACAUCACUUCCUAAUUAGACAAGGGCUGAAGCAAAACACUCCACCGACCUACAGCAAACAGAUCAGCGCACAGGAGCAUAUGACAGCAGAGAUCCUGGCGAUCUCGCCUUCUGGCAGUCCAAUGGCAGUCUGUCCCCAGCUCAUAGCAUCUAACAAUUCCAUAUGUUUGUGUCAGACCUUCACCACCCAUCUGUUCCUGCCCAUCCUCUACAGUGCAAUGUUCCUGACCGGCCUGGCUGGGAAUGUCCUCUCCCUUUGGAUUUUCAUGGCAAAGAUCUCAGGCAAAUCUCCCACGCACAUCUACCUCAUCAAUCUAGGAAUCUCAAACUUGUUGCUGUGCCUCACUAUGCCCUUCAUCGCAGCCUACUAUGCUCUUGGCACCAGCUGGUCUUCAAGGAGCUCAAUGUGUAGGCUGGCUAUAAAUGUUCUGACCCCAGUUCUCCACACCAACAUCGGUGUAGGCAUGAUCAUUCUCGCUUGGCUGGCACUAAGUCGCUGUGCCACACUCGUCCAGCACAGCCAUGGGCCUCGUCCCAGCAAAUGCACCAAAGUCCUGCCCAAAGUCUUCUUCAGCAGGCUGCGCCAAACCUCUUUCGCCUUGGGCGUAUGCCUGGGGACUUGGGCCAUUGUGGCGACAGCAUCAAUACCGUCGGUGGUGGUUUACUCAAUGAAAGAGACAGAAGUAGUGGAGGAUGGCGACAAGCAGAUGUGUUACAGCGUCGCAGUGGAAGUUGGUGGGUCUGGCUCUCAGGCUUUUGCCAUGAUAGGCAUUGUCAUAUUCUUCCUCUGCCUCCUUGUAGUGUUAAGUGCCUACAUGGCUGUGAUUAGGCAUUUCUACAGGUCCAGAAAAAGCACAAUCAUCUCUGAUAGACAGAGGGUCUAUGUAAGAGUGUUCCGCAAUAUUGUGGUCAUCCAAUUUGUGCUGGUGGUCUGUCUCCUACCAUACCACAUCUACAAAGCAAUUUUCAUUAACUUGGCACAAACUGACUCUAGGGGAAAUGGAACAGAGUGCCACUCCCUCUCUACCUAUGUGGAGAUUAAGAAUGUUCUCCUCUGCCUGGCGGCUCUGCGCUGCAGCACAGACCCCAUCAUGUACUUCCUGCUGGACAAGACCUUCAAAAGGCACACCCUUUGCUUGUUCAGAGGGAGCUCCAACACCCAAGACAGCCAUUCGUCAAGGACUGAAUGUGGCCAGUCUGCUCCACACAACAACAGCUCGUCAAAAGGUGCCGCGACACACAAUGUGCAUUCAUAUUCAAAAGACUAGUGGCAUGGACAAACAAACUUAGCACUGUCAAUGCAGCCAUGAAGGGAAGUGAAAUGCUGGUGAAACAUGCAUUUUCCUCUAAGUGGGGACUUUCCAUUGUAAAUGGAAAGGAAACCAUUAGACAAAGCCCUGAGAACCAGGUGUCCACCAUGUUUUUAACCUAUGUUUAGGUCUGAGGUAGCAUCAGUUUUUCCUUCCUCCCCUCAGUACGCCUGGGGAACUGGUUUAAAGGGAUGUGGAGGCCUGAUGUGAAAUUUUGAAUGCAUUAAUGCAUGCACUUCAUCCAGUGAAAAGGCUGGACAGAGGGAAGCUGUAUGUAAGUCAUACAAAUGAGAAGAGUUUAGCAGAAAGAACCCAUUUAACUAACAUUAAGAAAUGCAAUGUAUAUAUCAAACUACAUUUUAAUCAUAUCCAACUGUUAAUACGCACUCAAUACAAGCUGAAUUUAGUCUGCGUUUAGUCAUGCUUGUAGU